AUGGAGAUGAUCCACGAAAUUUGUUUCAAACCGAGGACACCGGUCAUGGUUGGACCGGCAGCUGAAAUCAUGAUGUUUACUGUCAAGCCGAAAAACAAGACUACUCAGGACCGUGACGUGCCCAUGGUUCAGCCAGGACGGUCGGCCUCCAUGAAAGCUGCCAUCACCAAAAAGACGAGCGUCCGGAUACGGAACUGGGUGAAGAGAUCCAACAGCAGCGGAGAGAUAGUUUCUAGAGGCCCAAACAGUUCGUGGCCAGAGAUCACGCAUCUUGGCGGUGGCCGUGUCAACGACGAGCAAAAUCCCAUCACUGAGCCGAGCCCUAUACCGCGAAGCCGAGCAGUCUGCGGACAGUGGAAGGCGCUUCCAAUUCUCCCUUCUCAAAAGCAGAACGCGGACCUGUCCACUGAAUCUGCAGAUGUUGAAAAGCUGAUGGGAAAGAUCAUGCUGGACAGCCCCUCGCUGCCGACGGGGAGUAAUGACAAAACUGCUACCCAGGCGCUUGAUCCCAGAACCAUACUCCCAAAUACCGUCUAUACAGCCACCCCGGUGACAGGGCUAAGAACGCCGCCACCGACACCAGAUAGUGCAAGCGGUACCACAGCAAUGGCGAUUACCAUCACCAGACCGAUGGGCAGCGAUAGCACCGAGGAACUUCCGGCCCAAAAAUACUCGGUACAUCUCUCUCGCCCGAAAUACAGUCUCCAGGAGCGCAUGUGGCUCCAUCGAAACUACCGUGGCGAAGCACCCUUCCUCGCAGCAUGGGGACUGGACAUUGCUUCUCAGCAGGACCAAGGGGAAGGUGUGAGUAGAGUGAAGGAGUUGAUGCUGGAGUAG